UUGGCCCACAACCUGGGCUGUGCCCUGACUGAGAAUUGAACUGGCGACCUCUUGGUGCAUGGGUUGACACUCAACCACUGAGCCACUCUGGACGGGCUCCUAAGUCAUUCUUUUAGCUGCCACAAAUCCACUGUGGAAAUGAUAUUAACAAAUGCAGAUCAAGGAAAAAUAAGGUUCUUUUGAAGUAGGAUAGGUACUUAUGGAAGUAGAAUAAGUUUUUAUUUUGUAGUUGUUAUUCUUUUAUUUUUUAUUUUUUUAGAGAAGGACAAUGCCCAACCAACUGAUCCACAGUGGCUAGGGCCAUAGUUGUUACUCUUUAAAAUAUAAAGCCUCACGUAAGUGGGAAAUAAUUUCGAGAGAGCUCCAUGAAAGGAGGCCUGAAAUUUUCUGACAUAAUAUUUGGCAUUUGUUUGUUUUCUCUUCAUAGCUGUCACCUUUUAUGUGUAUUUUAAAAAAUAUUCCAUUUAUAAUCCUGACAAAAGGAUGAAUGAGGCACUGUUUUCCUUUUAACAGUCUGUAGCUUCUUGUGUCACUUAUCGGGAAAACAGAAAUAUAAAGAGCCUGGGACAGAAAGGACCUACUAUAUGUCCAGAACUUCAUUCAAGUUGUCUCAUUAAACUUCACAGUAUUCCUAGGAGUGUCCUGGAAUUGGCAACCAAGAUAAUGUUCUUCCCAUCCGUAUUUUUCCUGGUAAUAGACUUUAGUCAUAUCUACUUUUAGUCCUUGUCUUUCUGCCUGGAGUGAGUACCAUGUAGCAACACCCACCCCUUGAUCAUUUUUGUGCCAUUCUUCGAGUCUUCUUUACUUAGUUUUUUUCAUUGUAUCCAGUAGUAUUGCAUAUAUAAAAGUGAUGGGAAAAAAAGUUUUAUAACAUGGUAAAGAGUGCUUUUUUUCCAGUAUACUCUUAAUGAUGGCCAGCAUUUUCUUGACCUUAAUUAACAUGUACUGCAAUCUAUUUUUAAAAUGUGUGUUUUGACAAAUGUAUAUAAACAAGUAAUGGUCAAGUAACCACCAUUACCCCCCCUCCCACACACACACAUUUUACUGUGCUUCAUUUUAGUCAAUCCCCAGCCAUCAUUUUUAGCCCUUCAUAAGCACUGAUCUGUUUCUGUAGUUGUACCUUUUCUUGUCAUAUAAAUGGAAUCACACAUUUUUGAGUCUGCCUGUUGUGUGUAUCAAUAUUUCAUUCCUUUUUAUUGCAUAGUGUGGUUGUACCACAGUUUAUUUAACUAUUCACCAAUUAAAGAAUGUUUGGGUUGUUUCCAGGUUCUGACAAUUUUAAAUAAAGCUGCUAUAAGCUUUUGGCUACAGAAUGUAUGAACAUAAAUUUUCAUUUCUCAUAGAUAAAUAUCAAAGAGUGGGCUUGCUAGUUUGGGAGCACAAUGUUUUCAAGGUUCUUUCACCUUGCAGCAUGUUUCAGUACUUCAUUCAUUUUUAGAAGCUGAAUAAUACCUAUUGCAUGAAUGUACCACAAUUUGCUUCCUCGUUCUUUCAUUGAUGGACAUUUGGAUGGUUCCUCAAAUUAUUAAACAUAGCAUCACCAUAUGAGCCAGCAAUCCCACUCCUAGGAAAGAGGAGUGCCAUCGCCGUCAGACAAGGGGUAUGUCAUCGUGAAAUGGCCUUGGUGAAGAAUUUUGGCUUGAGCAAGCUGAUGGAGGGACCUAGAUGGCUCUCAGGACUGUAGAAUUGACAAGUGCAGCUGAUGGUCACUUCAGUGCCCUGGCGUUGUUGGCUAUGUCUUCAGAGUUGCCUAGACCAGUGGUUCUCAAACCUCCAUGCCGUAGCACACUGAUUUCUCUUGAAUUUGGCCACAAAUUUAUAGAUCUUCUGCACUGUAUACAGGUACAGAUAAAGACAAGCUGCUGAGCUCUGAUUUGAACUGCAGAGGCUGUGGACAAUUUACAAGUUGCUGAUAUGUGUUCAAGAUGAGUGGAAUGGGAGAAAAUACCUCUGACCCAUCCAGGGCAGAGACGAGAAAGCGCAAGGAAUGUCCUGACCAGCUUGGACCCAGCCCCAAGAGGAGCACUGAGAAACGCAAUCGUGAACAGGAAAAUAAAUACAUCGAAGAACUUGCAGAGCUGAUAUUUGCGAAUUUUAACGAUAUAGACAACUUUAACUUCAAACCUGACAAAUGUGCAAUCUUAAAAGAAACUGUGAAGCAAAUUCGUCAGAUCAAAGAACAAGAGAAAGCAGCAGCUGCCAACAUAGACGAAGUGCAGAAGUCCGACGUGUCAUCCACGGGGCAGGCUGUCAUCGACAAGGACGCGCUGGGGCCGAUGAUGCUUGAGGCCCUUGAUGGGUUCUUCUUUGUAGUGAACCUGGAAGGCAACGUUGUGUUUGUUUCAGAGAAUGUGACACAGUACCUAAGGUAUAACCAGGAGGAGCUGAUGAACAGAAGUGUAUAUAGCAUCCUGCAUGUUGGGGACCACACUGAAUUUAUCAAAAACCUGCUGCCAAAGUCUAUAGUGAAUGGGGGAUCCUGGUCUGGCGAGCCUCCCAGGCGGAACAGCCACACAUUCAAUUGUCGGAUGCUGGUCAAACCUUUGCCUGAGUCCGAAGAGGAAGGUCAUGAUAACCAGGAAGCACAUCAGAAAUAUGAAACUAUGCAGUGCUUUGCUGUCUCUCAACCAAAGUCCAUCAAAGAAGAAGGAGAAGAUUUGCAGUCCUGCUUGAUUUGUGUGGCAAGGAGAGUCCCCAUGAAGGAAAGACCGGUUCUUCCCUCAUCAGAAAGUUUUACUACUCGCCAAGAUCUCCAAGGCAAGAUCACUUCACUGGACACGAGCACCAUGCGGGCUGCCAUGAAGCCAGGCUGGGAGGACCUGGUGAGAAGGUGCAUCCAGAAGUUCCACGCACAGCACGAGGGGGAGUCUUUGUCCUAUGCCAAGAGGCAUCAUCAUGAAGUGCUGAGACAAGGAUUGGCUUUCAGUCAGAUCUACCGUUUCUCCUUGUCCGAUGGCACUCUUGUUGCUGCGCAGACGAAAAGCAAACUCAUCCGUUCUCAGACUACUAAUGAGCCUCAGCUUGUCAUAUCUUUACAUAUGCUUCACAGAGAGCAGAAUGUAUGUUUAAUGAAUCCGGAUCUGACUGGACAAGCGAUGGGGAAGCCAUUGAAUCCCAUUAGCUCUAGCAGCCCUGCCCAUCAGACCAUGUGCAGUGCGAACCCAGGUCAGGACAUGACCCUUGGUAGCAAUAUAAGUUUUCCCAUAAACGGCCCAAAGGAGCAGAUGAGCAUGCCCAUGGGCAGGUUUGCUGGUUCUGGGGGACUGAACCAUGUGUCAGGCAUGCAAGCAACCACUCCUCAGGGUAGUAACUAUGCACUCAAAAUGAACAGUCCCUCCCAGAGCAGCCCUGGCAUGAAUCCAGGCCAGCCCAGCUCCAUGCUUUCACCAAGACAUCGCAUGAGCCCUGGGGUGGCUGGAAGCCCCCGAAUACCACCCAGUCAGUUCUCCCCUGCAGGAAGCUUGCAUUCCCCUGUGGGAGUUUGCAGCAGCACAGGAAAUAGCCAUAGCUACACCAACAGUUCCCUCAACGCACUUCAGGCCCUCAGCGAAGGGCACGGGGUCUCAUUAGGGUCAUCGUUGGCUUCGCCGGACCUAAAAAUGGGCAAUUUGCAAAACUCCCCAGUUAAUAUGAAUCCUACCCCACUCAGCAAGAUGGGAAGCUUAGACUCCAAAGACUGUUUUGGGCUGUAUGGGGAGCCAUCUGAAAGUACAGCUGGACAAGCAGAGAGCAGCUGCCAUCCUGGAGAGCAGAAGGAAACGAGUGAUUCCAGUGCACCCCAGGGUGGGAGCAGCGAGCGGUCAGACGGACAGAGCAGACUGCAUGACAGCAAAGGGCAGACCAAACUCCUGCAGCUGUUGACCACCAAAUCCGACCAGAUGGAGCCUUCGCCCCUGUCCAGCUCUUUGUCGGACACAAACAAGGACUCCGCGGGUAGCUUGCCUGGUUCUGGGUCGACACAUGGGACCUCUCUCAAGGAGAAGCAUAAGAUUUUGCACAGACUCCUGCAGGACAGCAGUUCUCCUGUGGACUUGGCUAAGUUAACAGCAGAAGCCACAGGCAAAGAGCUGAGCCAGGAGGCCAACAGCACAGGUCCUGGUUCAGAAGUGACUAUUAAACAAGAGCCAGUUAGCCCCAAGAAGAAAGAGAAUGCACUACUUCGCUAUUUGCUAGAUAAAGAUGAUACUAAAGAUAUUGGUUUACCAGAAAUAACCCCCAAACUUGAGCGACUGGACAGUAAGACAGACCCUGCCAGUAACACAAAGCUAAUAGCUAUGAAAACCGAGAAGGAGGAGAUGAGCUUUGAGCCCAGUGACCAGCCUGGCAGUGAGCUGGACAACUUGGAGGAAAUUUUGGAUGAUUUGCAGAAUAGUCAAUUACCACAGCUUUUCCCAGACACGAGGCCUGGCGCCCCUGCUGGAUCAGUUGACAAGCAAGCCAUCAUCAAUGACCUCAUGCAACUCACAGCUGAAAACAGCCCGGUUACACCUGUUGGAGCCCAGAAAACAGCACUGCGAAUUUCACAGAGCACUUUUAAUAACCCACGACCAGGGCAACUGGGCAGGUUAUUGCCAAACCAGAAUUUACCACUUGACAUCACAUUGCAAAGCCCAACUGGUGCUGGACCCUUUCCACCAAUCAGAAACAGCAGUCCCUACUCAGUGAUACCUCAGCCAGGAAUGAUGGGUAACCAAGGGAUGAUUGGAAACCAAGGAAGUUUAGGGAACAGUAGCACAGGGAUGAUAGGUAGUAACACUGCCCGGCCCACUAUGCCAUCUGGGGAGUGGGCACCACAGAGUUCUGUGCGAGUCACCUGUGCUGCGACCGCCAGCGCCAUGAACCGGCCAAUCCAAGGAGGUAUGAUUCGGAAUCCAACUGCCAGCAUCCCCAUGAGACCCAGCAGCCAGCCUGGCCAAAGGCAGAUGCUUCAGUCUCAAGUCAUGAGUCUAGGGCCAUCUGAAUUAGAGAUGAACAUGGGGGGGCCCCAGUAUAGUCAACAACAAGCUCCUCCCAACCAGACGGCCCCAUGGCCUGAGAGCAUCCUGCCGAUAGACCAGGCCUCCUUUGCCAGCCAAAGCAGGCAGCCAUUUGGCAGCUCUCCAGAUGACCUGCUAUGCCCACACCCUGCAGCGGAGUCUCCGAGUGAUGAAGGUGCUCUCCUGGACCAGCUCUACUUGGCCUUGCGGAACUUCGAUGGCCUGGAGGAGAUUGACAGAGCUUUGGGAAUACCCGAGCUGGUGAGCCAGAGCCAAGCAGUAGAUCCGGACCAGUUCUCGGGUCAGGACUCCAACAUGAUGCUGGAGCAGAAGGCACCCGUCUUCCCCCAGCAGUACGCGUCUCAGGCACAGAUGGCCCAGGGGAGCUAUUCUCCCAUGCAAGACCCAAACUUCCACAGCAUGGGGCAGCGGCCCAGUUACGCCACACUCCGCAUGCAGCCCAGACCCGGCCUCAGGCCCACAGGCCUGGUGCAGAACCAGCCGAACCAACUGAGGCUUCAACUGCAGCAUCGCCUCCAAGCACAGCAAAAUCGCCAGCCCCUUAUGAAUCAGAUCAGCAAUGUUUCAAAUGUGAACUUGACUCUGAGGCCUGGAGUACCAACACAGGCACCUAUCAAUGCCCAGAUGCUGGCCCAGAGACAGAGGGAAAUCCUGAACCAGCAUCUCCGGCAGAGACAGAUGCAUCAGCAACAGCAAGUCCAGCAAAGGACGUUGAUGAUGAGAGGCCAGGGGUUGAAUAUGACAUCAAGCAUGGUGGCUCCUAGCGGUAUGCCCGCAACCAUGAGCAACCCCCGGAUCCCCCAGGCAAAUGCACAGCAGUUCCCAUUUCCUCCAAACUACGGAAUAAGUCAGCAACCUGAUCCUGGCUUCACGGGGGCUACCACGCCCCAGAGCCCUCUGAUGUCACCCAGAAUGGCGCACACCCAGAGCCCCAUGCUACAGCAGACCCAGGCCAACCCAGCCUAUCAGGCCUCCUCUGACAUGAACGGAUGGGCACAGGGGACAAUGGGUGGAAACAGCAUGUUUUCACAGCAGUCCCCGCCGCACUUCGGGCAGCAAGCAAACACCAGCAUGUACAACAACAAUAUGAACAUCAAUGUAUCCAUGGCGACCAACACAGGUGGGAUGAGCAACAUGAACCAGAUGACAGGACAGAUCAGCAUGACCUCAGUGACCUCCGUGCCUACGUCGGGGCUGUCCUCCAUGGGUCCCGAGCAGGUUAAUGAUCCUGCUCUGAGGGGAGGCAGCCUUUUCCCAAACCAGCUGCCUGGAAUGGAUAUGAUUAAGCAGGAGGGAGACACAUCACGGAAAUACUGCUGACACUGAAGGUAGCUAGUUGCUCCUUUCUUCAGCUGACUGGGCUCACUUGCUCAAAAUACUUACGGUCUGGAGAGCUGCGUCUAUUUGUUUUGACCCCACCAACCCGCCGCAGACGCUGGGCCUGGCCCGGGGAGUGGCUGUUGCAGGAGGAGCUGCCUCCUCCGCAGCCCGAAGCUUGCGUCCAGACAGUCGCUCAGUCUGUUCACUGCAUUCACCUUAGUGCAACUUAGAUCUCUCCUGCGAAGUAAAUGUUGACAGGCAAAUUUCACACCCAUGUCAGAUUGAAUGUAUUUAGAUGUGCGUGUUUAAGGAAAACUACCAUGCUCUGUUCUGUUCCUGUUUGGUUCCAGGCGCUGGUUUCUUGCUUUGUUUUCCCUGGCUAAUCAGUCUAGUACAAAAAUUCAGAUUCUAUCUGGGGAAAAGAAAAGGAUUUUUUUAAAAAGCAAACUGCAUUUGGGAUAGAAGCAGGGCAGACACCAUGGACAGCGCUGCGUGGACACAGACACCCAACAAGUGAAGACCAAUGUCUUUGUAGAAAGCUCUCAAGACCAAGUUGGAAAGAGUUUCCAGUUAAUGAACAGAUGAAAAGGAGCGCGUGAGAGGGCUGUUCACAUUAACCAGUACUUUUUCCUUUUUUUUUUUUUUUUGUUAAAACCAAAUGACUUCAUCUAAAUCGUGAAUCAGGAAGAAAUAGUUUUCAUUUUUAAUUAAGUUCCCUGUAGAUUGAUCAGACAGCUUUGAUUAGCAUCUCCUCUUUCUCACCUGAUCCUGACUCUUCCCUUCCUCAGUCCCCACCCCUACUUUCAUAUAUUUAAAAAAAAAACAAAAAAACAAUAAAUGCAACAGUAACCAGGUAUGCCCCUUAUUUCCUUAAAUGUUUUGCCAGCCAAGGAGAAGAGCAGAGUCAGGACGAUUCCAGUCACACUGAGGACACCUGCUUCAGAAGCGUGUCCCUUCUGUUCCCCAGUGACAGGCCCACAACACAGGAAGUCGUGGUGUGUCGAACACUGACACACGACACGUGUCACCUCUACCAUGUGUUUUUUAUUUUGUUUUUAGCAGUGCUGACUAAGCUGAAGUUUUGUAAGGUACAUAAAAUCCAAUUUAUAUGUAAACAAGCAAUAAUUUAAGUUGAGAACUUUAAGUGUUCUAAUUGUAUAAUUUUUGUGAGGUAUACAUAUUGUGGAAUUGACUCAAAAAUGAGGUACUUCAGUAUUAAAUUAGAUAUCUUCAUAGCAAUGUCUCCUAAAGGUGUUUUGUAAAGGAUAUCAAUGCCUUGAUUAGACCUAAUUUGUAGACUUAAGACUUUUUAUUUUCUAAACCUUGUGAUUCUGCUCAUAAAUUGUUUAUCUAAUCUAUAUGAUAUGCAGACGCUGUAGGACCCAGUUCUUGAUUUUUAUAUGUUUAUAUUCUUUCUUAACGAACCUUAGGAAGACCACAUGUACUGAGCAGGCCACUUUUAGGUUCUCUUGCCCGCUCGGGAAGGGGAAUAAUCUUUUAUUAAUAGGUGUCAGUUUCCAACAAGUGCAAUACCAAGAAACUGAUUACCUUUUUUGAGCUAUUUUUCCCCAACCCCUAAGACACAUACUUUCUUAUCUAAAUUUCAGAAUGAUGUCUUUUUGAUGUCUAAAAGGCAAAGCAUUUUAUAUCUCACUAGCCAGGCUUUUUAGGAACAGAGAGGUUUUUCCUUGAAAUUUGAUUGAUUAUUUGUGACAGGGUGGGCAAUGGACAAACUACCCCUAUUUAUAUUUAUAUCUCUCCCUAUAUGUGCAAGUGAUGGAUGAUAGAGAUAUAGCGCAAAGUUGAAUUGUAAGUAGACAGUCUGGAGGUGUUGCUCCAUAUACUAAAGAAGGUUUCCGGAAAUUUGCAUUUUGAUACCUUUUUCCACUUGAGAGGGGUUUCACUACAGGGAGGUGGCCCAGGAACAGCACUUCUCAGGGCCACCAGUCCACAUGCCCCUCACAAGGCUCUCCUCUCCUCAGCCAAACCAUUGGGUUGCCCAACCGCGAUGGACAGAAUGAGCAGACACUGGCCCAGAACUCCAUGAUCGCAUCAGUGUGACGAGGCUGACAUCCCGCACAAUGUAAUGUGACCAGUUGUAAGUUGCUUUUUAGAAACACGUGACUUAGAAUGACUUUAACUUCACACAGCACAAAGGAGAAAUGGAGUUUAAGCUGAAUUUGUUUAAGUUCCCUUUCACUAGAACAUUGUCAGAAAAGGAUUUGUGUCUUACUGUUGAUCCAUCUGCCCACUGUGUUUUCAUGUCCACCCCCAGUCAGACAAGUCUGCAAACUGGUAGUGCUGGUCAUUUCAAAUAUCCAUGAUCAUGGCUGUUUUGAAGGAAAAGAGAUUAUAAAUUCUCUUAUGGCUCAGAUCAGGGAAUGGGUUUUGCUUUACAUCUAAUUAAGAGCAGAAAGUAAGUGAAGGAAUCCUCUGAUCAUAUUGAUCACUGUAGAAGCAAAAGCCAAAUCGAUCCCCUUCGUUAUCAGUAUUUCUCAUGCUGUACACAGUAAAUUUGUUAGGCUGAGUCCUUGGUUUUUGUUUAAUAGGACAAAGAAUCAGUGUUUUACUUAUAUUACUAAAUGUGAAAAACAAAUAAUGUGAAAAGUAUACAUACAUUCACUUGGUUGUAAGACUCAUUUAAGUGUUCAUGUAAUGUGGUAAGUUGAAAAAGUGAAGUGAGCUCUUUUACUACAAUGAAUUCAUUUGACUCAAAGAUUAAAAUGCCCCCUCCCACGUGUAUCUCCUAUGGCCUGUAAUAAUUGAAAGCAAUGUUUUUGCAGUUUAUAUAAUGCAAUUUUUAAUCUGUGUCUAAAAAUGGAGUUCAUAUGGGCUGAACACAUGAAAUGGGUGGCACACAUCCACUGUAGAACCCAAAGAUACACAAUCAAUUUUGAAAUGCAACUUAAGCCAUUAAUUGUUGGUGUGAAUUUAAAAUUUUCUAGUAUUUGUAUGGUAGUAUGCUGCCUAAGAGCAAAGCAUUCUCUGCACAAAAGAAAAUUACUGUAGUGGCUUCGAUUUUAAUUAGUAUUUUCUCCCUGGUGUUUCUUUAUAGACUAAAACAAAAUCUUUUAAGUUUCUUACUACAGGUAAAAGCUAUGUGCAAGAACCUCAAAAUGCUAAAAUCUAGCAUAAUGCCUUAGAUCUGUUUUUAAGUCUUGUAUAUUCCUACAUAGCUGUCCGAUGUAUUAUAUUUGUAUAGUGAAUUGUGUACAAUUUUUGAAUAAGUACAUCAUCACUUAACCUCUAUGUUGUUGAGUAGUGAUGAUGAUACAUUUCUUCAAACAUUUGUCUUUUUUUUUUCCUUUGUCAUUUGUGGGUUUUAUUUGUACAGUUCCUCAUGAAGUUGCAUCUGAGAUGUGUGUAUAUGAAAAGAUUAUACAAGGGUAAAAUUAAGCAAUAUAUUAACUAUGGUUCUUCAGGAGAAAGCUUACAGUGUUUCAGGUUGUGAUUUAUUUUCAAAAUGGAGUUGACUCUGAACAUCACUUUGUUCACCUGCAUCGAUGUUUGUAUUUCUCGUGUGAGCAGUUUAUGCAAAGGUAGAUAUAUUCAGAGAAAUUUUAAAUACAUUUAUGCAAGUUAAUAUUGCUUUGCUGAUGCUCUUUGCUUAUUUGAUGUUAAAUAAUGCUAUUGUAAAUAAAGAAUUCUGUUGUUAUUGCAUCAUUUAAUAAAUUUUAAUGCCUUCGGGUUUUACAUGGC